AUGGAUACUGCUACAACCGCCACUCCUCUUCACGUGUGUGAAUCUGAUGAUCCCAAUGUUCCUAAGGAGGAAGCCUUCACCCUUCCCCCAGCCUACGACCCGGAGGCUGUUGGCCCUGCGCCACAAGAAAGCCGUCCAGCUGCGACCAAUGGACAUGAUGAGACCCAGCCGCAGAUGAGCGACGUUGUCAAGAGGCUCCUCAAAGACAGAUUCUGCCGAUAUGGCCUUCACUGCCAAGUCCUGGACAAGUGA